AUGUCUUCAUGUUCCUCUCCUCUAUCCUCUCUCCGUGUGAAGAGCUCUUCUUCCCCACCCUUCAUUGGCGAUUUUGAAGCUUUCUCGGUGGAUGAUGAAGCUGAUGUCUAUGUCGGUCUAUCCGAUAGAGAGGCUACUGAUAAAGAGGCUACUGAUACAUGGGCUACUGAUACAGAGGCUUGUGAAGCAGAUGGUGUGCUCACACUUUACGAAGACAUUGAAAUGCAUGAUAAUGUCACCGAAAGAGAUGCGAUUGUGAUUGAAGCUACAGAAGCAAGACCAUCAGUUGAAGUAACACCAGCUGUCAAGGAACGGGAUGAUGCCAAAGAAGGCUGCAAGUGGUUUGUGCGUGUUGCAAAGUUGAUGAAUUCAGAUCGUUGGACGGUUAGAAGUUACAUCAAACAGCAUAGAUGUUCUGUUGUUACUACAAGAACACUGCCUAAUAGAAGGAGAGGGACACUAGGAAUCGUUGCAGCUGUUUUGGCUCAAGAUUAUCCCGGUAGUUUAGACACACCAGCUCCCAACGCCUUGAUCGAUUUGGUUGAUCACAGGGGGGCUGUUCAAUCGAAUCCUGGCACAGUAGCUCGAGUGGUUGUGGAUGAGGACCAAAAGUUUAAGUAUCUGUUUUUUGCUUUGGGAGCUUGCAUAGAAAGGUUUAUCGCUAUGAGGAAAGUCCUCAUUUUCGAUGCAACACACCUGAAAAAUGUUUAUGGUGGAGUUCUAUUUGUUGCGACUGCUCAAGAUCCCGAUCAUCAACACUAUCCAAUUAUGUUUGUUAUUGCAGAUAGUGAGAAAGAGCAUAGUUGGGUGUGGUUUAUGGAACAGUUGAAAUCAGUGAUAUCUGAUGUCCCUGGAUUGGUGUUUCUUUCAGAUAGAAACAAAAGCUUGAUCAAGGCAAAUGUUAAAGUACACGUCCGUAACAACAGAGACACUUGUGCGUUUAAGUUUAUGGACUGCGCACACGCUUAUACAGAGGCUAAGUUCUUGAACCUUUAUAAAGCUUUUCGCAUGAGGUAUCCUAGCGCAGCGGAGUAUCUUGACAAAAGUGUUGAAGAGAGGAAAUGGGCGAGAUGUUACUUUGAAGGAGAUAGGUACAAUGUUGACACCACCAAUUCAAUGGAAUCUUUUAACGGUGUUAUUAGUGAUGCGAGAAAGUUAAACAUACUACCAAUGUUUGAUUUCAUCAUCGGGAAAAUGGCUGAAUGGUUCAACAUACAUAGGAAGGAGGCAGCUGAAAUACCACCCGCACUAAAGCUUGUUCCUAUUGUGGAAACCGAAAUGUCUAAAAGAUGUGUUGAUGCAGGGUUUCUUUCCGUUGUCGAGUUAAACAGCUUCCAUCUUGAGUACAGUGUCUCAGGAAGUGACGGAAAGGGUUAUACCGUUGAUAUGGCUAUGAUGACUUGUAGCUGUGAGCAAUUUGAUAAAGACAAAUACUCAUGUGUCCAUGCAGUAGCUGCUGCCACAUUCAUGACUGAUAAAGCGGGAAAGGAACUUCAUCUAUCUGAGUAUUGUUCUAAGUACUAUUUAGUGGAGCAAUGGGCUUUGGCUUAUCACAGGACAAUAUAUCAUGUUCCUCAUAUGUCUGAUUGGAUUGUACCAGAAGAAGUUACAGCAAUGAAAGUGCUUCCUCCAGAUUUUGAAGUCAAGAAAGGAAAACCGCAGCAAACUAGAUUUCCAUCGGCAGGAAAAUCUCGUGGAAGAGCAAAAAGAGGCAAAGAGAGUGGGAGAGCCAGCGGCACAGGUAGAGCCAGCGGCACAGGCAGCGCUAACGGCACAAGCAGUACCAGCGGCGCUGGCAGUACCAGCGGCGCUGGCAGUUCCAGCGGCACAGGCAGAGCGAGAGGAGGAGGUAUGGGAGCGUAUUUUGAAUGUGGAAUUGGUGCAGGUCCAGGUGUUUGA